AGCAGAUCCCAGUGCCCCCAGUGAGACCAGUGGCCCCAGCAGUGGCAGCGGGCACGGUGCCACCAGCCUUGCGCAGGACGUGUCACCGUCCUCUCAGCCCCGUCAGGGCUAAUCCCAGGGCUUAAUGGCUUUUGCUGAUAGGAGUGGGGCCGCCGUCACUGUCGCCGUCACUGGUGGAGCACACGGAGAGAACAGCCGGGCUCGGUGGAGCCAGCACCCGGCCCAUGUCCCUGCGUCCCCGGCCUCCCAAGGUGUGGGGACAAGGACCGCCAGCACUGGGGACAUGGGGCUGUUGCAGAGCAAGAGGGAUGACGACAAAGCCCCGAGGAGCAGCGCGGUGCUGGAGGGUGACAGGAGCGAUGUCCUCUCCCCGGACAUGGCCACCGAUGGCCACGGGGGCCUCAUCCAGCCCAGGAAGGUGCCAAACCCAGUGCGGGAGUCCCAGAGCCACCGGGAGCUGCACCGGGAGCUGCUCUUCAGCCACAGCAGGGGGAUCCUGCCCCGGCACAGGGCCGAGCUCCCGCGGGUGCUGGAGAGCCGGCGGCUAAGGCAGCUGAGGGAGGAGCUGCAGGGACCCCCGUCCGACCUGGAGCAGCAGCUGAGGAAACGCCACCAGAGGCUUGAGGAGCCUGAGGAAGAUGAAGCUGGCGGAGCCGGGUGCCUGGCAGACGUGAGCAGGAGCUGGCCCGGCAGAGCGGGGGACAGCUGCCCCGGGACCCCCCCCCCGGCGGCACACCGGGCUCCCCCCAUCCCCAGCACAUCCCAGUGCUGGGAACGGCACCCGGCGCUGUCAUUCUGGGAGAGCUCGUGGUCGGGGGCGGCCGUGGGUACCGCUGCCUCGGCGUCCCCAAAGCGGUGAGAACCAACACGCCAAGGGCUGGAAUGAGCUGGCAGAGCCGGGGCAGCGCCGGGGGCGGCAUGGGGAGGUGGCGGGCAACGGUCUCACCCCGACCUGCACCUGCUCCAUCUCUCUCUGACAAAACCCCCAUGAAAUAAAGGCUUUUCAUCUGGUUUUCUUGAUGCAAAUGUGCUGGGGAUGGGGACGGGGACAGCGAUGGGGUGGCAUUGGCUUGGGUUGAUGGCUUGCAGUGGGGACGGAGGGCAGCCAUGGUGAAAGAGCUGCAGGGCGGGUUGGUAGCCAGUGGCACGGUUUCUGG